AUGUUCUUCAAAAAACCAGCCGCCUUAGAAACAGAGUGCGCCUCAGCGAAAGACGAUCUGAGCUUGAGCUCAUUGCCUCCUACAACGCAUGCUCUGAUGAAUGAAGAACGAGCAGAGCGUUUAAGAAUUCGGAAAGAAAAGCAUGCCGCAGCCACCAAGCAGAAGGAAAAGGAGUACAGGAGAAAGGAAAAGAUAUAUGAUCAUGCAAAGUGA